ACUCUGGGUUAGUAAAUAGUUAUAUGGCGCGCCCUGCAGAUUAGAUGUUAACAGUGAAGCCAAUGAGAGUGAAGGGGAUUUCCCCACCCUUCCUCUACGCCAGAGCGAGGCUGUCUCCACCACCGGCAUUCCCAGUAUGCACCGCGGACAGCAGCAGAAAAUAGUCCGUUAACGAAAGGGAACCAGAAGGGGGGAGCUAACAAGCUAAAUCCACGAGUUCAACUGUACUUAACGCAACCAGACCUGCUAACAUGGCUGACAACGAGAAACUGGACAACCAGCGGCUGAAGAAUUUCAAGAAUAAGGGCCGAGAUUUGGAGACUAUGAGAAGACAGAGGACUGAGGUAGUGGUGGAACUCAGAAAGAAUAAAAGAGAUGAGCACCUUCUGAAGAGGAGAAAUGUGCCCCACGAGGACAUUUGCGAGGACUCUGAUGUGGACGGAGAUUUCAGAUCGCAAAACACCUCUCUUGAAGCAAUAGUACAAAAUGCCACCAGUGAUAACCAGGGCGUCCAGCUGAGUGCUGUUCAGGCUGCCAGGAAGCUGUUGUCCAGUGACCGUAACCCUCCCAUAGAUGACCUGAUCAAGUCUGGGAUUCUUCCUAUACUGGUCCUCUGCCUGGAGAGAGAGGACAACCCGUCCCUGCAGUUUGAGGCAGCCUGGGCUCUUACCAACAUCGCGUCCGGUACUUCAGAGCAGACCCAAGCUGUGGUCCAGUCCAAUGCUGUGCCACUGUUCCUCAGGCUGCUCCAGUCUCCUCACCAGAAUGUGUGUGAACAGGCUGUCUGGGCCCUUGGCAACAUCAUCGGUGACGGCCCUCAGUGCAGAGACUACGUGAUCAGCUUGGGCGUGGUCAAGCCCCUGCUCUCCUUCAUUAGUCCCUCCAUCCCCAUCACCUUCCUCCGCAAUGUCACCUGGGUCAUGGUCAACCUGUGUCGCCACAAGGACCCUCCACCACCUAUGGAGACAAUCCAAGAGAUUCUGCCAGCUCUCUGUGUGCUGAUCCACCACACCGAUGUCAGUAUCUUAGUGGACACAGUGUGGGCUCUGUCUUAUCUCACUGACGCUGGGAAUGAGCAGAUCCAGAUGGUCAUCGACUCUGGUAUCGUCCCUCAUCUGGUACCACUGCUCAGUCACCAGGAGGUCAAAGUUCAGACUGCUGCGCUGAGGGCUGUUGGGAACAUUGUGACCGGCACAGACGAACAGACCCAGGUUGUGCUCAACUGUGACGCUCUCAGCCACUUUCCUGCACUCCUCACACACCCGAAGGAGAAAAUCAACAAGGAGGCAGUGUGGUUCCUGUCCAACAUCACAGCAGGCAACCAACAGCAGGUGCAGGCUGUCAUCGAGGCUAAGCUAGUCCCCAUGAUCAUUCACCUGCUUGACAAGGGUGACUUCGGCACUCAGAAGGAAGCAGCCUGGGCCAUCAGCAACCUGACAAUAAGUGGAAGAAAAGAUCAAGUGGCACACUUGAUUGAGAAACAGGUGAUCCCUCCAUUCUGCAACUUGCUGACAGUUAAAGACGCUCAGGUGGUGCAGGUGGUUCUCGAUGGACUCGGCAAUAUCCUCAAGAUGGCAGACGAUGAAGCUGAAACGAUUGCUAACCUUAUUGAGGAAUGUGGAGGUUUGGAAAAGGUGGAGCAACUGCAGAAUCACGAAAAUGAAGAUAUCUACAAAUUGGCAUAUGAAAUCAUUGAUCAGUUCUUCUCAUCUGACGAUAUCGAUGAAGACACCAGCCUGGUCCCAGAGGCCAUCCAGGGCGGGACUUAUGGCUUUAACUCUGCCAACGUGCCAACUGAGGGAUUCCAGUUCUAGACGGCAUCUGGGGUAUUCUGGAGUUUUGUUCACGAUGCAGCACUCUGUUCAACAUAAAAAAAUUAGGAGAGAAAGAGCGAGAGAAAGCGAGAGUGUGAGAAAUUUGAUCCAUUGUGCUUGGCUCGUGGGAUCCAUGGCUGCAUCUUAUCUGAGAGAAAAAUGUGUGGAUUUCAUUUGGCAUUCCAGGGGAAACCAGCCCAAAUGAAGUUUGAGAUGGCGAGUGGGUGCGAGUGAGAAUGAGUGGCUACAUGUUGCAAAAAAGCAAAACAUCUACAUCGAAUGCGUUGAAAGACAUGCCGACAUAACUUCUGCGUUAUUGGAGCUGUCGUCUUUGGAAAACUACUUCAAAUGACAACAAAAAACUCGAUGUCUGCCCGGGGAGAACCAAGGACAUCCAAAAAUACGAAAUCAAGACAUCUUGAAAUAUCACAAUACAACAAAAUGCAGCAAUGAAAUAACUAUUAUUAUGAACUGAGAUGAACCACAAACCAUCACAAUUCUGCGGUCCUCCGACUACAGAGGGCGCCACCCUCAAUGUGCCCCUCCCCCAAUCGGCCACGCUAUCAGACAUGUGUGUGAAUGGACCCAUUGUGUAUGAAUGUCUGGACUCAGUGCUGAGGAGCCAGGUUCAUCUCCUCCAAUGAGACGCCCCGACAGGGCACCAUCCUCUCCCCCUGGCGGGCGGGGCCAGGAGUCCGGCUGCGCGUGUCGCAUAUGUGCGAAAGAAUGGACGGAUGAGUUGAGUGUGCUUGGCUGCGUGCGUGACUGGGAGUAUGCAAGGCUGGGUGAGAACGCAUGCAAGAGACGGGAAAAAAUACAAAUACGACAUCUGAAGAGAAACACAAAUUGAGAAACGCAACACUUUGAGGUUAGCAAAGGUUUCAGGAAAGAAAUUUUGCCUUUGAAAGAGAGGCUGAUCCUCAAAUCCCUGAAAGGAAGAACUUUGGAUAUGAAAAAAAAAAUCAUCGUCAUCACAAAGAUAACUUUUUUUUCUUUUGAAUUAUUGUUAAGUUAGUAUUAAUUGACACUGGACAAUGCUAUGGCAGGUAUGGAGCAGCAGUGCAUUGUAUUAAGAUGCAUUUGGUGGCUUUUGGUCUUUUCUUUUUGCCUCCAGUGUGUUCCUUUUUAUGAUACUUUUUAUUUUCAGCUUUUAGUUCCAUUGCUUCUGUAAAGGUGAUUGACGACGAACGUAUUCUACCCUCACGCCAGAACCCUAACCUACGCUCCGGACAUGGGCUUGAUGCUGUGAAAUAUUGACACCAUCACUAUAAUCAAACAAAUGACCAGCUCCCCCCUUGUGACACUGCAUCAUUUUUCCUUCUAUUUACAGCAAAUCACUGCUUUGCAGUAUUGUUGCCAUAAGGGAGAAGAGAACAAUGGCCAUUUCACGUAGGAUUGUGAAUCAUAACCUUUGCAUGUACUAAACUAUAGCACAGUUAUUUUUUAGGGUAUUUUAGUUUCCUUAGGCUGUUGAUACAGUGUAAUUUUCAUUUUAAGUAAAACUGUGCUUUAAUGUUACAUGUUUCCCUCCCCUUACCCCUCACUAGUGUCCGACUUGCUAAAUAAUCUAUGGUUUUGCACAUGUACUGCAAAGUGAGGCCUGAAGUCUUUCUAAAGGUGUUGGUUGGUUUCAUAGGUUUUGACCAACCAAUGACCUCUACAAUAUGCAUCACUCAACCACAAUCUUUGUUGUCUUUCUAGAGUAAUCCAAUGAUGCUUUUUAGUGAUACUUGAGAAAAUAAUGACUUUAUUUCAGGAGCAGCAGUAACAAAUCUGCUAAUGUAUCUCAGCUAGACUAAGAGGAGACUUAACCUCUCUAUUCUCGAGGUCAGAGGGUGUCCCACAUGUCGGGCUGAAGUUGUCCUAUGUGGGUUCUCCUGAAUAAUAAAUAAACCCGUGAACAAGUUUGCUGUACCUUUAGUACCUUGCAGUCCUUUAGCCCCACACUCCUCUUUCCUCUUAUACCAGCUAGGUGUACAAACUUACCCCUGCUUACCCUUACCCAUUUUUUGUGUUAACUUCAAACACUGUAGUAAAUGAUUACACAUUGUGCUCAUACACCUUCUGUUGAACAUAGGGGUAUUUUUUUUUGCAGCAUUCCUUGUUAGCAAACGUGGUUUCAAAUUUAAAAUUAUGUCAUGGAAGGAAAAAAAAAAGGUGGUUUGCCCAAAAACCUUUUGGGAGAUAGGCUAUACAGGUUAGGUUGUCUUCAAGAAAAUAAAUAGUGAAACCCAAACCGGGAGACUGAGUGUGUGUGUGGUCUGUCGUGAAGAAGUGGUGUGAUUUCUCAUUUUGCGUUGAUAUUCCCCUAUUUUAAAAUAUAUAUAUAAAACGCCUUGUUUUCUCUAACGGUUCAACUGGGAUUCAAAACAAUAUGAAGCCGGGCCUGAUUGGCCACGGCGACCGUUUCUGUGCAUGCGCACUGCUGCAUUAAAAAAAGACGCAUUCAAAGCAGUCUGACACGAGGCUAUCAGAGUUGCUCGAAUAUCUAAAUUCGAGACAAAGUAUCGUAAUGUUAACGCAUGAAACGGGAAAGUUAAGACUCAAUACUUUAAAGUUAGCGUCCCCAUUUUUAAGUCAAAAAAUAUUAUGCCAACUCUAUAGCUUUUCCAACACAUUAACCUACGUCGUAUGUCGAACACGAGCAUUUGAAUGCACCCUCGCUGCUCUCCGUAGUCGACAGAGUUCAGUGAGAGCACUUGAAUGCAGCACUCGAAGGAACAGGAAAUGAAAGCUCUGUUUUGGACAGAAAAGACGGUGAAACACGUAGCUUUCCUCCAUCCUGCACUCCUGCCAGAUCUUCCUCCCCCUGACCUCUCAGCCCUCAGCCCUGAGCCCGGCCUCUAAUCUCCACCAUGGACAACCUAGAGGAGGACCUGACCUGCUCUGUUUGUUACUCUCUGUUCGCUGACCCACGUGUCCUGCCGUGCUCCCACACUUUCUGUAAGAACUGCCUGGAAAACCUGCUCCAGGUUUCCACCAACCACUCCAUCUGGCGUCCGCACCGCCUGCCGCUAAAAUGCCCAAACUGUCGCAGCGUGGUAGAGCUGCCCUUGGCGGGCAUUGAAGCUCUUCCCACCAACGUUUGUCUGCGGGCCAUCAUUGAGAAAUACCAGACAAAUUCUGAACCACGCCCCCUUCUCUGUGAAGAGCACCACAGGCAGCCCCUUAACCUGUACUGCAUCCAGGAUCGGCAGCUGAUCUGCGGGCUGUGUCUAACUGUUGGGGAUCACCAGGGCCAUCCCAUAGACGACCUACAGGCCGCCUUCAUCAGAGAAAAACAGACGCCAUCACUGCUGCUGGCCAGACUCUCCGGGAGAAGAUGGACACAGGUGUCUGAGUUGGGGGAGCAGCUGGAGCAGGAGAAGGCCCGCUGUGAAGGUCUGGUGAGGCAGGACCGACAGGAGGUCAAUCAGUUUUUCCAGACGCUGGAGACGUUGCUUACCCGGAAGAGGCACGCGUACCUGGAGGCUCUGGAUAAAGCUGGAGCAGAGGUGUCGCAAGCUUACGACCCACUCAUAGACAGAGUCAAGGAGCUGCAGGAGGAGCAGUUGGACCUGGUGUCUCUUGGUUCUUCAGUAGAAGAGGAGGACUCGCCGCUAGUCUUCCUAGAGAAGGUGCAUCUCCUCAGAGAGCGGGUGGAGGAGUUCGUUAAAACCCCUUUACCCUCUGUGAUAAACCUCUCUGUUAACCCACGGGCCGCUGAGUUCCUCCAGCAGCACUGGCCUGCUGUGACCAUCGGCGGUCUGGAGGAAGCCCCCAUCCCUAAGCUGUGCUGCUGCGCCCAAUGUGGUGGUGCGGAAACCGACACAGAGUCUGACGGCUGGCUGCAAGAUCUCCAGCCGACUUCUACUGUGGUGCUGCUGGGGCUGCUGCUGCUGCUGGCGGCGCUGUGGGUCAACCCGGUAGGAGGGGCAUCGCUGGGUUUCUCUAUGCUGUCUCGGUUCAGUCAGACGGUGCACGGUUUGAGCAGCGAGCUGAUCACGUGUGUGUGGGACUCAGCAGGGUCAGCGUACACAGCGGUGGAGGCAACCAUAGAAAGAUGGGUGUGUCUGCUCUCCUCUGUGGGAGAGAAGGUGCUUCAAGAGCUGACUGUCUUAUUUAAAACUCUGAAAUCUCAUUAAAACACCAAACUGGAAGCAA